CUGUAUUCCCAACCCAAAGCGUAGCGUAGACUAACCAAGAUUGUGCGAUUUUCACAUUUCGUGUGUGAAUUCUUCACAAAGUGUGAAAGGAAUGGAUUUGGUGUGUCGAACUUGCUUAAAUGUUGUUAAAAGCGACUCUUUCUACAUUCAUCUCAACCAAUGGAGUGGCGGAAACGACGUAAGGGACAGGGAAAAACUGGAAGCAUGUGUACCAGAACUGACUCUGGACGUUGUUGUCGACCCGAUUAUUUGUGGUUCAUGCAAGGAGAAGCUCACAAUCUUCUUCAAAUUUAAGGAAGAGUGUUUGGAGACCGAGAAAUUUUUGUUUAAUUGCAUUCAACAAAGGCGUCAGAAUGAGAACUGCACUGACCUCUUGAGCAAUUACGAUUUGUUGACGCUUGUGAAGAAUGACGUCGUGCUCGAGCACAGCUACUCGAGCAUCAAAAAGUUUGAGACCUUCACCGACGGUUUCGAAGAUGAUUCCCCGACAAAUGUGCAGGCGGUUAUCAAAUCGGCUUUAACCUCGUUAGUGCAGAGCAAAGGAGGUGCUCCCGAUUCCGGCGUCGAAGACGAACUCAAUUAUGACAUUGACCACGUUGUACACUACGAGACUGUCGAGUGCUGUUAUUCCGAACCUGAAGAGCUACCCGAAACUAAACCCGUUCUCAAGUCCAUUAUGAAGAAACCUAGGAAAAAGAAGAGCAAGGGGAGACGCGUAACUCGUGGCUCUUCGUCAAAUCGCAAAAGUGUGAAAAUAAAAAUGCAGUUUCCGCCGGUGAAGACUAAAGCCGCGCGUAAAAUGUCACCGAUACCUAAGGUCCCGCCGCAGUCGCCGCGUAGGUCGGUAACGCCGCGUAGGUCGGUAACGCCGCGCAAGUCCUCACCGUCUACGCGUAAGUCCUCAUCGUCCUCGCGUAAAUCCUUACCGCCCACACGGAAAACCUCACCAUCCUCACGCAAAUCUUUAUCACCCCCACGUAAAUCCUCACCCGCUCCAUCAAAAAUUGCACCCCCAUCACCUUCACCCAAAACUUCCACACCGAAAAUUAUGGCGCCACCGAAAAAGCGGAAAAUUUCACCCUCCCCCGAACAUGUUUCAGCCGACACUUCGUCCCAGUUUGACACCGAAGAUAACGUGCAGAAGGCGAUCGAGGAGAACAAGGAGAAUGUGAGUACGGAAACGAAAGUGAAACCCGCGCCGAAAGCGAAGUCCGAACCGAAACCAAAGCUCAGCUACCUGUGUCCGGAUGGCUUUCAGUGCACGAAGUGCGACAAGGCGUUCAGGUACCGUUGCCACUUUAAAAUGCACGAGAGGGCCCACCUCCUGAAAAAGGACUACAUUUGUCCUCAAUGCGGGAAGAUCUUCACGCAGGAGAGAUACCUGAAGUACCACAUCACGACGCACACGGCUCCGAGGACGCCCCGGUUUCGGUGCAACAUGUGCAACAAGUGCCUGGGGUCGCGCACUUCGCUAAGACGCCACAUCAGGCUGCACACCGGCGAGCGACCGUACACUUGCAACGUGUGCAAAAAGGAGUUCUCACAAAAAACCCAGCUCGAGGUGCACGAGCGCACUCACUCCGGCGAGAAGCCUUUCGUCUGCAACAUGUGCAACACGAUGUUCUCGCAAAAGAGCCACCUCCAGAACCACAUGCUCAUUCACACGGGCGAAAGGCCAUACCAGUGCGAAAAAUGCCGAAAGCGCUUCUCAAAGAACAGCGUUUUACGCGUCCACAUGCAGAUCCACGAGGAUAAGCCGUACCAGUGCAGCGGAUGCACCAAGUUCUUUAAGGAACUUUCCAGCUACCGGAAGCACGUGGGGAAGUACCUGCCGAAAUGUGUCGCGGGCCGACGUGCCUUCAAGGUGGAAAGCGUUAAGCUCAAGGCGAACUCGAAGGUCUUGGAGGAUAUCAACAAUGAUCUUAACGAAAUUAACAGGGAUAUCGCCGAGGAUGUGGCUAAAGCUUUGAAGCUGAAGACGCUUCAGUACUUCUGUAAAGUGUGUAGUAAGGGAUUUACGACGAACUUUAGCCGCAAUCGCCAUCUUAAAUUUCAGCACCCCCCAAAGUGAAGUGUUUCGGUGUUUAAGUUACGGAUUGUAGUAGCGUGUAUUGUACAAAAUAUUUAAUUUUAAUGUAAAUAGAGUCUUCUUUGCAAAUAUAAUUAGGGAAACUCUC